UCCGUCCACUCCUCUCCUCGCUCCCGUAGCGGUGGUUGUCACUCGGUAGCUGCGGGACUCUGGCAGGAGAAUGGAUUUUGAGAACCUUUUCUCCAAACCCCCCAACCCAGCCCUGGGCAGGAAACCGGCCACGGACUCCGACAACAGAAUCGAUGAUGAAAUAGAUGAUACAGAAGUUGAAGAAACACAAGAAGAGAAAAUAAAAUGGGAAGUAAACCUGGAGUAUGAGCAUAUUCCCAAAAAAUUUAGGCACUUUGGAAACUCUGCAACAUCAGUGAAGAAUUUGCUACGUAGAAAAUCAAGAAGUAAGGACUAUGAUGUAUUCAGUGAUAAUGAUAUCUGUAAUCAGGAUUCUGAAGAUAAUUUUGCUAAAGAGCUUCAGAAGUAUAUACAAGCCAAAGAAAUGGCAAAUGCUGCUCAAUCCUUACCGUCUCCUGAAGAAUCCAUGAAGAAGGAGGAAGCCAAGUGUACACAGAAAGCUGUGAAACAAAAAAAUAACCUUAAAGCUGCCCGCAAGAAUGGUAAACAGAAGAAAAUGAAGCGGAAAUGGCCUGGCACUGCAGACAAGGGAUCAAAGGCAUCACUGAGGAACAGCGGCUCACAGGAACAGGGUGGUAAACCUCAAGAGAGGCAGCAGCACAUGCGAAUGAGUCAAGGGUUCAUCAACCAACACACAGUGGAACGCAAGGGAAAACCUGUUUGUAAAUAUUUCCUUGAAAGGAAAUGUAUUAAGGGAGACGAAUGUAAGUUCGAUCAUGAUGCAGAGAUAGAGAAGAAAAAGGAAAUGUGCAAGUUUUAUGUACAAGGAUAUUGUACCAGAGGUGAAAACUGUCUUUUUCUGCAUAAUGAAUAUCCUUGCAAGUUUUACCACACAGGAACAAAAUGUUAUCAGGGCGAGUACUGCAAGUUUUCCCAUGCACCUCUGACUGCCGAAACACAGGAACUGCUGGCUAAAGUUUUGGAUACUGAAAAGAAGUCAUAAAAAUCAGAUACAUUAAAAAAGCCAAAGGCAAGAUGAUAGAUGUGAGCCAAGAAUCAAACCUGCGUUCAUCUGUCCAAGUCCACGUUUCUGCACCUCAACCCUCCUCACUGCAGGCUGUGUUCACUGUCUCAGCUCCUGUUGACAGCACAGUAAGAAACCAGUGAGAAAGGAGGAAACAUGACCGCGGCAAGGAAGGGACAUAGUUAGAAGGGUUAAGAGGAAAGGAGAGAAUGUGCAUGUUUGGUAGGAGGGAUAAUCUAUCUGCCAGCUCACCUCGGAGUGGUGGUGAGUCCUGUGAAAUGUGAAACACUCCUUUACAUUACUUAAAAAUGUGGGGAAAAUAAGCAUUUUUAGCUAUUAUAUAUGUCAUUAAUUCUGUGGUACGCAUUUUCAUAGUGAACAUCUCAAGAUUUGAGUGUCUUAUGCAGUUGAUAGAAUAUCACACUUUAAUGGCAGUUUAUUUUUAUUGGUAUAUAAAACAUGGUGGAACUUAGGUU